CAAUGAUGUGCGUUUUUAGAAGCAGAUGCGCAUUACGAGACUAUCACUAUGAAGUGGAUCAGGCCAGUCUAUCUACUAGCGCUCGCAUGAUCGAGCAUGCUGGGCACUUUUGUACUUGCUUUCUCACAUAUCUCUCUCAUUUAUGGGGGUGCGUCUCGAUCUUGAAAUCGACCUUGCUUUUCUUCUGCGAAGACGAGAAGCCGGACCGUAAGAGGACGAGCGAAAAUACGCAGCUAAAAGCGAGAACGUGUAGUCCUCGCGCGAAAAAAUUAUUCGCUUCAUCUGGUGCAAUAAAGAGGUACAACACCUUGACAUCUUCAAAGCCAGAAAGCACAAGCCGAAGAGCAAGAAGAUGUCUUCAACUUCAUGUUCUUUUCAGAGCUCUUCUUCUAGUAGAUGCUAUUUCGUUUCGAGGAUGGGUGAAUCCUAUGCGAUACCACAGCCUCAAUCACGAGGGUCAUCAAGUGCUCAGUCUGUUUCACAACCUGGACGAUGGCGAGUCAGUCCAGAGCGUUCAAAAAGCGAUAACAUUGCAUUACGAAACAGAAGGUACGUCUACAGUACAGAACAACUACUUCCACUUCCACUUCCAGUUCCACCUCUCUUUCUUCACCACCUUUUUGUAUUUUGAUAAGUUUCUAGUUGUACCUACUUCUACCCUGAAGUAACUCACCUUGAGCUGCAGGGAAGUACUUUUACUUCGCGUCUACGCUUCAACUUCAGAUUUGUGGCGUGAGCGGCAACGGGAUAACCGCGCGAAGUACAUGAGUGGUGUCAGUGAUUGCAAUAUGACACUGUCAACCACGGAUUAUCUACCGCAUCUCAAGUUGCUGGAAGCGCGGGGUGCAAAGCUAACGCGAACAUUUGUGAACAUUGGUGCUCAAGACGGCGUAACAGAAGAUCCAGUAUUAAGACAACCAAGAGAGCAUCCCCAUCCUCAACAUCAUCCUUGAUGGCCAUUUCCCUAAGGGAACAAGAAGUGGCCAAGGAUGCGGCCAGGGAUGCGAACGGGCUAACUCUAACAGUAUACGCGUUCGUUCACGAGUAUGGCGCGCGUGGCCUCUACUUCGAACAAGACCCAGAAAUGUGCAGAAUCGCAGAUAGAAACCUGAACGGGAAAAAUAAUGGUAACAAGAGUCGGGAAUCCAAGACAAGACGAAAGAGACGAGAUAACAAUGAGAUAGACGCGAUGCUAGCAGACGAUGAAGACGAGAUGAAAGAGAAUGGAGCUGAAGAAGGGAACCACAACCAGCACGGGUCUUCAACAACAACAGGUGGCGGUAGAAAAGCUUCUGAACAAGGAAGCACAAUAAACCACUCCAGCUCCUCCGGCACGCGUACUAGUACACCUUCUAGCAACAACAAGCAGAUAAUCGUUUGUGCUGGCGUGUCGCCAAAUAACAUCGUCGGACUUCUGGACCGGUAUGGUAGCGAGCUCCUGCGCGAACAAGGAGCGGCAUUAUCCGACGUCGAGCAGGACGAGCACGAAGGCGGCGGACAAGGUCACUUGCGGCAUUUUGACCUGAUUAAGAUCGAUAUUGAUAGUUUCGACGCACCUGUCUUGGAGGAGAUUUUGUCCGCUGGCUACUCCGCGAAGCAUUUCAUCAUUGAGAUCAAUCCUGCAAUACCACCACCAUUCCGUUUUGCAACACACUAUCAUCCGAAGCUCUUUCCGGCAAUGAUCAACGCAAGCAUGCAUGACUGGCCCCUUCGUGGGAUGAGCCUCUCCUACGCAGUGGCGAGGAUGCGAAAAGCGGGCUAUCUCUUCGUUACAUUCGGAUACCACGAUGCUGUAUGGCUUAUAACUACCAUUGCUAUUUCAGUAAUGAAGGAAGCACGACGACAUUUGCGGCUGAGCGAAAAUUGAACAAUAUAAUUUUCCACGAUAAUUGAGAGCUAAAUAAAGUGAUACCAAGAAUAAAAAGCCUCUCUAGGUGUGCUUCUUUCUGCCGCUCUACAGUCUAGCAACAAACCUCUCUAGAUGUGCUCCUCCUUCCUUUUCCUGUCCGUCUGCGUCCUUUUUCCUGUUUGCCAACUCCACCUUCUGUUGCUUUCAUAGUCGUACUUCGUGCAUCGAAAAUAUGCCUCGGCCUACAAUUUCCGCGCUCCUUACGACGAGUAUGACUGUUACCACGGAGGCUUUAUCAUGUCGAAUGGGGUCCCGAUUGAGAAAACGCGGGAAUGGUUCUAUCGCUCAUCUCGAGAGCGCGCGCAGAGCGAAAUUUUCACUCACAUGGUCUCACAUAGUCUCAAAAACACGCAAGGAAAGUAUGCCUUUCCGUUUUUCCUGAGUUACGGAAUGGAAGACCAGAAUUAAUUUGAGGGAACAAGAAAGCUAAUGACUAUGACUACACAGUAAAUCAAUAUUAAUAGAUGAAGCCUCCUCGUCAAUGGAUGAAACACUGAAACAAUUUUAAUUUUUUCAACAUAUAAUACAUAACGAAAACCUCCACUGGACCAGCGCUUAGUAUCACUAGUGCGAGACCAGCCUCCUAAAAGCGACAGAAUGUGAUACAUCUAGACCACGGCAGGAAUAGCAUCUGCCAAAUGUAAUCUCUAAACCCAUUUUUAGUUGCG